CGGAAACCGACCUGCCAGAGGCUUUGAGUAUUUCGGCAUGAGUGCGGCGAGUGAAAGUGAUUUUUCAGACUAGAUAAAUUCUUUGCCGUUUCCUGUAGUAAAAAUCCCUCAUGGUGAUAGGAAAGCCCAAGGUGUACCAAGGCGUGCGAGUAAAGAUAACAGUCAAGGAGUUACUGCAGCAGAGGAGGGCGCGACAAGCAGCCACCGGUGCGACAGUCUCGUGGGGCAGCAGCAGCAUCCAGUUCUCGGAGUCUGUGUCUCCUCCUCACCCAGCGCCUUUCGAUGCAGAACCCAUCUCUUCUGCUCCCAACUGCUGUCCAUCGUGGCAGUUUUCCAACUGCCCCUCCUGUGAGGAAAACCCGAGCUACUUGGAGCAGCUGGUAGACUCCUACCUUCAGACGGAGGCAACCUUAGAGCCAGCCCUCGGCGCUCUCCAGACGCCCUCGCACUACAUCUCGGACUCCUUCCAGCCUGUCCCGCUCUGCUUCAACCAGGGCCUGGCUGCCGGACCCCCGAGCUCGGCUGACCUGCCCAGCCCUCUCCCCUACAGCUGCUCUCCCCCUCAGCUGCCUCCCUUCGCCCCGCUGACCCACAGCCCACCCUCUGCCCUGGACACGGCGACCCACGGCUACCCGGCAGAGGAGUGGCCCUGCCACCCCCCGUCCCCGUUCGCUGCCCCUGCCUGCUGCUGCGCAGCCUGCGGCCCCCAGCACGCCGACACCAAGGGCCCGCAGUUCUUCCCCUGCCCCAGCACGGACUGCCUGGACUGCCUCCCGCCCGUGGCCGAUGACUUCUUCCGAUGGGACAGGAGCUGGGACGUCUGCUACAGCUAAUGGGAGCGGGGCCUCGCGCUUCUGCCCUCUCCGAACCAGAUUAAUUGCCCACGAACUCUGCAAAGUUGCACUGCCUCGCACGGUCCAAUUCAUCCGUCACUACUCACACAUCUUCCACACGGUGUUGCCACUACAUUAGUCCUCCUGUCUCCUGUGGGCAGGCACAGCUUUUUUAUGUUGUUUUCCUUGUUUUGUUUUUAGGUGCCUUACCAAACACGUGUCAUUAAGCCAGCUUUUUAGUACAAAUAAAUCAUUUGGUACUCACACUGAAGCCCGUUCGUUACUCACGUGCUUUUCUCUUCUGCUAAUGACAGAGGAUCCCGGCCCUGUCCUCACAAAGGUGAGGGUUUGACUUGAGGUCACUGAAGUCCUGCUGCCCCUGCCCAGCCCCGGGUCCCUCGGCACCCAGCCCGCUGCCCGCACACAGCUCUGAGAUUUCCCUUAGCUUCUGCGAUAAUUCCCGGGUGGUUCUUGCAGAGCUGGAAAAUUGAUGUUUCCCAGGCAAGCUCUGGGCUCAGCACAUGGGCCAUGAGUGGGAAAAGCCCCUCGGGUCCAUGCAGGGGUGGGAUCAAGCACCAGGCACCUUCGGCUGCUGCUCAGCACCGGCUUCCCUGGGAAAGCAGAGUUUGCUGAUAGCAGGUCUUCUCCUUUCACCACAGCCAGCUGAACAGGAGCUAGAUGAUUUAUUUUAAAGCGUAUAACGGGGAAGGUACCACAUCUGAGGGUUCCCUGUUUCCCUGCAUAACCCCAGACCUUCCCAAGGUUCUUUCUCUCACAUCCUUUCAGCGCCACUUAGGCAGAUUGAUGGUUUCCCAGCUGAGAACCCAGGCUGGAAAGAAAAAAGCGUUUUCCCAUAUUAAAUCCACACCAAAA